AUGCAAGGCUCUCGUUUGCCAUUUGACGAUGAUGCAGCAGAGUCUAGACUACCCGUUUCUACACUAAGAUCUACCGCAUCCCCGUACAAACGCGCUCAGUUCACCGCGAGUACGAAUCAAUAUACAGCACUUUGGACCCAAAUGGGCCAAAAUGGACCCAAGCCGAAUCUCACCCUUGGUAGAUCCAAUAUUCACUCUGUGCUAACGACUCCACUGUCCGUAGGGAACGAGCACUCAGAUGUUGCUCGCGACGAAAGCGCAAUCAGACAUGUUAUUAUCCAUCCAAGCUCACCACAAAGAGAUAGUGUCUCUGAAACAUCAGAAAUUGACGCGUUUGACGCGUCAUCCAACGCGCCCAGCUCUCCUCUCGCGGUCCCAGGUAGCCCAUCGUCGUCGGUUGCCGCUGAUAUCUCCGGAGCAUUCGACACAACUCAGGAUGUGGAGGAUGAUCUAACGGAAAGCGAUCACUCGCCCUUCGAACGCGGCCCAAAGGUCUACUCUCCAUUUUCAUCCCCUCUUUCGAGCAUAGCGGACACUCUUGCGGAACGUGGAGCCACUCCAUGUCCACCUUCAACUGUUCCAAACCCGCCUGACGAGUCCCUUGCUUCAUCUCAAAGCGAAGCCGGCCCAAGUACAAGUAGGAGAAAGCGGCCAAGGACCCCGUCUCCACCACGCAAAGCUCCAGCAAGUCGAGCAAAGGGGAGGAAAUCCAAGUCAGAAAUGCCUGUCAAGACGAGCAAAGAGAAAGAAGGAAGUGGCCGUAAACCAUCUAGACGACCCUUGGAGGAGCUGAGUCCACGGUCUCUCAAAGCAGCGACAGAUCUUGUUGGCCCGCUUGUCCAGAUUCUCGCAUUAUCUGGGCGGUCAUCAAUGCCGACAUCCACAAUCAUUAACGAGUUAUUUAUGACGACCCCGUCUCUAAAGUCGGAAAGGACCUCGAAGGAAUGGACGGCGUUGGUUAUUCUCAUAAUGUCCAGUCACUCCAUCUUUGGACAAGCGGAGAGAGCUGGCUUGAAGAAUGCAAACGACGAAGCUGUAGAAGACGAAUGGUUCUACAGGCCCGAAAACGACGACGAUCACGAACGUCGGGAGACGCUGGGCGCUUUCCAGAGAGGUGGUGGAAAACGUCGAGCGACCGUGGAGAAGAAGCAAUACUUCUGGAAGCCUGUCCGAUGA